CGAUAUUCAUUCCGAAUUCAUGUUCUAUUUUUUCUCUGUAAUCUAAUUUUCGUUGAACAUAUCCAUCAGCAAGCUACAGAAUCAUUAUUUGUGUGUCCUUUUCGUUUUCCAUUUCAUUUUUCUUUCUUUGAAAUCUAGAACUGUAUUCAAAGGACGGCCUAUGAAUUGAUGCUUUUCUUCUUCUUACUCUUCUUCUUUUGGACUCUGUGGAAACAUAUUAUUGAAUUUGAUUGAAGAUUCCGCGUUUAGCACAAUUCAGCAAAUUCAGAACGAUGAAGAUUGAAUUGGAAUAAUUGUCCUUUGUCCUUAUUUCUUCCCUGCUUGCAUAAUCCACACAAACAAACAGAUAACCUAAGGACCAAUUUAUCAUAGUUUAUACUUCAAUCUGUUUCUUCCUUAAUUAGCUUCGAUUUAACCAUAUGUGACCAAAUUCACCAUAUUUGGGGUCCUUUGUAGUAAUAUUUGCUAAUUCAACUUGUGCGUUUCUAUCGUUAUGUAUUAUUUAUCGGAGUUUGUGAUUCCAGCUACUUUGGACUAAGUCUCGGGAUUUCCCUCUUUCUCUGUCGGGUUCACGUUUGUUUUGGUCGAUUUUUUCAAUGAUUUAUUUGAAAGGAUUUAUUUUGUUUUAUUUUUUUAUUUUUUCACGGGGUCUAACCAGUGUGUAAAGAAAGUUUAUAGUUAGCCCCCGCGUCUUCUCGUUUUGGUUGGGGUGGGCUUAAUUGAUUUCAGUUAUUGUAACAAGUUAGUUUCUCAGAGCAGAAGUACAAAAAGAAAGAAGAAACAGUUUUCGCACUAAUGCUCGUGUUUAUAACUUUCUCAAGCGAUGCAGUCGGGCGUUUAGUGCUAGGCUGCUGUAUUCUUAUAGCUGAUCCUGCUGUUUUAUGGAAAUACGUCUCGUUAGUAAUAGAUGUUCCAGUUCUGGCCAUGUGGUUCGUGAAUAGUAUGAUUGCUUCCAUGAUGUGUUUUGGAAGGAGUCUGACGUUGUUAGGUUAAUUUGUACUUGCAACUGACAAACUGAACCUCAGCUUAGUCUGUCUAUAUCUUAUAGAUGGAUCGGCGUGAUACUUCAGGAUUUGUCAGCGGGGGUGCAUUGUACACCUGUAGACGCAUCUAACCCUUAACUUUGUAGAUAAAACAUCUAUAUCUUUUUUACCCUGAAAUCAGGAAGGUUGUUCUGUUAAAUUCAUAAAUAGGAGUAGAUAUUGUUUCUACAGUGGUUUCAUUACAUUAAUGGACGUGAGGUUGAAGCAAUUUUUGGGAUUUGCUGCUAAUCAUUCUGCAAAUGCAUUCAAGAUUUUGGGCAAUUCUAUGCAAGCUGAAGGAAGGGGAGCUGAUCAGUAUGCUACAGAUACCAUCUUACGACUUGAUUCCCCUGGUUCUUCAAUUCCCACCUGUGAGCCCUCUUCUAAGGGAACAAAAAGGAAGAGGGAUUUAAUUGAUGGAUCUAUGGGUCAAAGAGUCGACUCAUCUUUGUCACUUGGGCUUGGGCGUUCAACCAGUUCCUCUGAUAGCAAGGGGAGUUCGGCUGCUGCUUGCACAGCUGUGUCUUCAGCCAAAGAUAUUGAUGAGGAAUCAUCUAUGGAUAUUGAACUGGACUUUUCUCUCCAUCUUGGCUGUGAGAAGGUACAAAGCCAGAAGAAGCCUGUUAAUUCAAGUUUGAAGACACUGGAGCUGCAACCAAAAUUUGAUUUGGAAUUAAGCCUUUCUACUGGGCUCUGUGAGUCAGAUAUUACAAGCAUACAUCUAAAUCCUUCACCUCUUCAAUUGAAUAUGGAGAUGCCAUUAGCAUUCAGUGGGACACAAAAUACAGACGAGGGAUCAACUUCAUGUAGUUGGAAGCCAGGGAUUGUUUUGCCAUCUUCAAAGACGUCAUCAUAUACAGGCACUAGUUUUCUUCUAAAUCAGGCUUCAGAGCAGUUUGAUCAUAGUCCCGUUGUUCUGGAUCUCUCGUCAACCGAACCUAAAAGUUCAGUUACCUGCACUUCUGGGCUUACACAACAGCAACAGCCACUGCGCCCCAGUAAUUCUAAAACAUGUCAAGUGGAGGGAUGCGGAAAGGGUGCCAGAGGUGCUUCUGGAAGAUGUAUAUCUCACGGUGGGGGUAGGAGGUGUCAGAAACCUGGCUGCCACAAAGGAGCCGAGGGUCGCACAGUUUACUGCAAGGCACAUGGAGGUGGCAGGCGAUGUGAAUUUCUUGGUUGCACAAAGAGUGCAGAAGGACGUACAGAUUUCUGUAUUGCCCAUGGUGGUGGCCGGAGAUGCAGUCAUGAAGGCUGUACCCGGGCUGCCAGAGGGAAAUCUGGAUUGUGCAUCCGACAUGGAGGUGGCAAGAGGUGCCAGAGAGAAAACUGCACCAAGAGUGCUGAAGGUCUAUCAGGCCUUUGUAUCUCACAUGGUGGAGGUCGUCGAUGCCAGGCUCCUGGAUGCACAAAAGGGGCACAAGGGAGCACAAUGUUUUGCAAAGCACAUGGUGGGGGAAAACGGUGUACAGCACCAGGGUGCACAAAAGGCGCUGAGGGGAGCACCCCGUAUUGCAAGGGCCAUGGAGGGGGAAAACGCUGUACGUAUCAGGGUGGUGGAGUAUGUACUAAAAGUGUGCAUGGAGGUACCAACUUCUGUGUGGCACAUGGGGGUGGAAAGAGGUGUGCUGUACCAGGAUGCACAAAAAGUGCUAGAGGAAGGACUGAUCAUUGUGUCCGCCAUGGUGGAGGCAAGAGAUGCAAGUUUGUAGGGUGUGGAAAGAGUGCUCAAGGCAGCACUGACUUUUGCAAAGCACAUGGGGGAGGCAAGAGGUGCUCUUGGGGCCAUCCUGGUUCAGAGUAUGGCAUUCAACAGGAUGGUCCUUGCAAUUCGUUUGCAAGAGGGAAAACAGGUAUGUGUGCUCUUCAUAGUGGGCUGGUGCAUGAUAAGAGGGUUCACGGAGGUAUCUCACUGGGAUCUGUUGUUCAGAAUCCUCAUUCGAGUAAAACAGAUGAACUAAAGCAUUUACUCGUUGACAAAAACAUGGAUAUAGAUAUGAUGAAAAUAGGGAGUAGCCUUGGCUCGGUUGCAACCUGCUCUGACUUGAAGCAGUUUGAAGCUGUAACUGGUCAUGUCUCAGCCAAGGAAGGUGGUCACUUGCCAAUGUCAGUUGCUGUUCCUGAAGGCAGGGUGCACGGUGGAAGUCUGAUGGCAAUGCUGAGUGGGAGUUCUAGCCGUGGCACAAGCAGCGGGAGAAUGCCCCAGAAUUGGAUGGAAAGCUAGUUAUCGUUUUCUUUCUCAUUGUCUCCUUAGUUAACAAAUUUUAUCAUCAUGUUACAUUAUUACUCCAUUCUACGUUAGAUUUUGACGAAUUGAGUUAUUCUGUCUUCCUAUGAAAUUGAGUUGGGAGAAUAACCAAGUCGUUUGACAAUCUCGUGGAGGGGAUAUAUCAUGUUAGGAAAUUGUACUUUGAUCAGGUAGUUGGUUAUGUUCUUUUUUUUACGUUCUUCCUUCCUCUGUAAAUAUUACCUGUAAUGUAAGUUCUGUCAGUGUGUCAUGUAUUCUAUUUAAUAAUAAAACUUCACUGAGAUUGUAUUUGUUAUAAUACUACUUAUUUUUCAAAA